CUCACUAGAGAUGUCAGCUUCUAUUGGUUCGACUGGUUCUCGACUGACACUGUUUGUACUGGUGAUCUCAGAACCCUUCUAUUCCUCAGCCAAUAUCGGAAAAAAACAUUGAUUUAAUGGAUUUAGAUAUAUAGCGCUUAUACAGAAAUCAUUUUCUGUGAGAUGGGUAUAGGCACAACAUAAAUGGAUUAUUCCAACAUUUUGACUCCAAUUUGUGAUUCUCUUUUCUCAUUUCGUGGAAAAAUUGUGAGAGAAUUUGUAUGAUAAUGAAGCAUGUAUCUCUAGGACUUAAAGUAAUGUAGAUUUCUAACUUAUUGAUUUUUGUCCGGUAUUGAAAAGUUACCAGUUACAAGUUCUCCUUAUAUGGAAGUUUUACUAUAUUGUUAAUUGAACUGGAAUGAAUUCUGAUGGUCAUUAAUGAAUAUUGGAUGUUACAAGUUGAAUGGAAGAAUGCCGUCUGCAGCAGUGGUGUUCAAAAGGUGCAAGUGACGUCUGCUUCUUCUCAGUAGUGGUGUUAGUCAUUGUGAACAUUGGGACAUGGAUUUCCUAUAUAUCACUUGGUUGAAAUGUUUAAAACUGACUUAAAAUAACUGGUGUUCUCUGGAAUUUAUGAAUUAUAUACAGUGGUGAUUAAAUCACAAUUUUCUGAAACUAUUUAAGAAAUAUUUUACAUUUAGUGAAACAUGGCUGUGGAGAUUGUCAUGAAGGUUUUACAAUGGUUUAUAAUUUUAAGUAUGAAUGUGAUAACAUUUUCAUAUUCUUUUGAUAUGGGUGGAGCAUCUCAUAGUUUUAGCAAAUUUGAAUCGUGGGUGCCGUGUCAUAAUGGAACUAUAACAUUUGAAUUUCAAACUCACUCCGGAAGUGGUAUGUUGAUGUACAUUGAUGGCGGUAGAAAAAGCAAUGAUUAUUUUGAAUUGAAACUUAUAAAUGGCGUGUUACAUCUCACUUUUAAGCUCAAUAAUGAAAGAAACAUGCUUUCUGCGGGCCAGAAUUUGAAUAACAACGAAUGGCACUCGGUGGAUUUGAUCAGAGAUGGACGUCUAACAACAUUAAAAGUUGAUGAAUUUUCAUACACACGAGAAAAUCAAAACUAUGACCCUACUUACAUUACAUUUGAAAAUUCCAAUAAUAAUUACGUUUUUAUUGGUGGUCUUCCAUCUGAAUAUAGCCAUAAACUUUCAGAACUAGCGCAUCCACAAAUAAUGUUUGAACCUCGAUUACAGGGUUCUGUUCGAAACUUAUUUUACAGUAACUGUGGUAAAGCAAUGACGUCUCCACAGAUGUUGGAAUCGGAGGGUCUGGUGAUGGAGGGUGAUAAAUGUAUGAAGAGUAACCCGUGUAAGAAUGAUGGGAUAUGUGUGAUGCAGGACCACGGUGUUCAGUGUGACUGUUCGUGGACAAACUUUGUCGGGGAAUAUUGCGAAAUUGGGAAAGGAAACGACAAAAAAGUUAUGGGCGUGAAUCGUAGUAGAACCAAAGAACGUCAGCCUAUUGAAGCAAUGUUCCAGGGAGCCCAGUAUUUAACUUACGACCUCACACGGCGUGGUGACUCCUUCUUCAGCAGUAAUGAUGAACUGAGAAUGCACUUCAAGACAACACAGAUGAGUGGCCUCCUCUUUUACACAGGGGAAGACAAUGAUUAUAUGACAGUUUCUCUGAAGAAUGGAGCCAUCCAUGUUGAUAUCAAUCUGGGGUCUGGACCAUUCAACAAGAGGGUAGACAUGGGUGGGUACAAGCUGGAUGAUGGUCAGUGGCAUGAGAUUGUCAUAACCAGGAACUCGAGACAGCUGACCUACGGCCGUACAUUUUGUGAUAUUGAUAUAAAGGUUGACGGUACUUCCCGUGCAAAGGGUUCAACGAUGGGAGAGUUUACCAAAUUGUCCUCAAAUAUUUUGUAUGUUGGAGGCAGCUCUCAUCCUAGAGAACUACUAGGGUCCCCUGUCAGAACAAACUUUAGAGGAUGUAUGAAGAAGGUUGAGUACAAGGCGGACAGUAUCAAUCUUGAACUUAUAGAGAUGGCUAACAGAGAUGAUAACCUUAUCACUGUGAUGGGUGACGUUGUUUUUGGAAAGUGUGAGGAAGUGAUAGACUCGCAGCCAGUUACAUACACGACACCAGACUCAUUCGUUGCUUUGCCAAGAUGGGAUGUGAAAAAGAAUAGCGGGACUAUUUCUUUUCAAUUUCAAACUACAGAACCCGACGGAUUAGUGAUGUAUAACAGUGGUACAUACGGGUCCAGCAAUUUUGAUUUCUUUGCAAUGGAAAUUAUUGACAGUUAUUUUUAUCUCAUAAUGGAUUUAGGGACUGGUGCAAUAAAGGAAAAAGUAUCUCGGACAGAAGUGGACGACGGGGUUCCACACAUUGUUCAUUUUCAGUACAGUGGCAGAACUGGUUUUAUUCGAGUUGACGCUCAUGAAACAGAAUAUGUAACACCAGGAAUGGGCAUGCAGUUAGAUCUUGAAGACAUGCUUUUCAUUGGUGGACUUAAUUUUCAACGAUACAAUUCUUAUAGGUUACCAAAAGAGUUAUGGUCAGGAAUUCUUAAACACGGUUUUGUUGGUUGCAUUCAAGAUAUGAUGAUCAAUGAUGAAAAGGUGGAUUUGAUGACAGUUGCUAGGAAACAGUUGCAACGGGAUAUUAAAAGCGAGUGCCAGAAAAUGGAUGCUCAGUGUUUGAGCCAGCCGUGUCUGCAUGGAGGUACUUGUUCAGAAGGCUGGAACAGAUACGCCUGUGACUGUACAAACACAUCUUACAAAGGAAAGAAUUGUGAAAAUGCGGUUGCCACGGUAUCCUUUAGUGAAGCUCAGUACGUCUUGGUCACGCUACCCCAGGAGUCAUACACAGAAGCUGAGGAUAUUUCUCUACGUUUCCGAACUGUUCGAUCCAGUGGUCUUUUGUUGGUCACAUCAUCUGCAAUAUCAGAAGAUGCCAUUGAGUUGUACUUGGAAAGGGGAGCUUGUAAACUCACUAUCACUUUAGGAACAACUGGAUCUAAGACAUUAUCAGUUGGGCAUGCAUUGAAUGAUGACCAAUGGCAUACUGUGUAUGUAAAGAGAAGAGGACAGAAGUUAGAGCUGAGAAUUGACAACAGUCGACCAGUUGAAGAUGUUAUUCCACAUAUAGCACCAACUGUACGAGUGAAGCAGAUGGUGCUGGGUUCUAUGGGACCUUUAUUAUCAGAUUUUACAGUGUCCUCAAGAUCUUCACAGAAGUCAAAUAGUAUGUCAGGGGGAAUGCAGAACGAUGCUCCAAUACGGCAGCACCCUUGGUUUGUUGGAGCCAUGCAGCAGUUUGUCUAUAACGGAAACCAUUUCUUUGAUAUGGCCAGGGAGACAGAUGGAGAAUACAUUGAAAACAUUGAUGUUACUGCAAGGUUCGAUGAUGGAAACCUACAAGUUCACAAUGCCAUUACAUUUGAAUCUCAAGAGGCCUAUGUUACCUUGCCACAUCAACUUCUUAAAUCAAAUAGUCUUCAUUUCUCAUUUAAUUUCAAGUUCAAAACCCAACAGCGAGAUGGGCUCAUUCUGUUUUCUGGGUUAGGACCAGACUUUCUAGCAAUAGAAUUGUACCAAGGGUUUUUGAAUUAUAUUUAUGACAUGGGCGGAGGAACAAAGAGAAUUCUAGUCAAUACACCAGAAGCAUUAAAUGACAAUAAAUGGCAUGAUGUUUCUCUGUUCCGUCCCCAGAUGGAUCAGCAGCAAAUACGUGUUGAUGAUAACCCUGCAACGGUUGAAGAUAUGAAAGGAUAUUCUGCCAGACAUUUUGAUUUAAAAGGGCCAUUAUACAUAGGCGGUUUAGUGAAGUCACGAUUUUUCUCUCUGUCUGUGAAGAUUAUGUCAAGAAAUGGAUUUCUAGGAUGUAUUGCAUCGUUUGAUAUAAACGGAGAGAAUAUUAAUAUCCUGGAAGCAGCAACAUAUGUUGAGCAGACGUCAGCACAUUCAGUCACUAGUGGAUGUUCAGGAUCUGAGUUGACUUGCCUGGCAACGUCAUGUUACAAUGGAGGUAGGUGUGAACAGCAGUGGAACUCGUUCAAGUGUAACUGUGAUAUGACGUCUUUUACUGGAUCACACUGUGCAGAUGAGAGUGUGACAUAUCAGUUUGGCCUUGGUAAAGGGCUGGUUGUGUUUGAGUAUCCAGAGGAUGCACGUCCGAGCACCAAGACAGACUAUCUCGCCCUUGGGAUCACCACCAUACAGACAAGUCAGGCAAAAAUCCUUAGGGUAGACAGUGCUGAUACAGAUGACUAUAUAGAAGUAGAACUGGUAAAUGGAAAUAUAUUUAUGGUGUACAAUAUGGGUCAAGAAAACAUUCCAGUUGUCACGUUACAACAGAAGGUGAAUGAUGGGAAAUACCACGUUAUCCGCUUCCAUAGGUCCGGAACUGACGCCGUUCUUGAAGUAGACUGGGAGAGACAGGACAAAAACCCAGUUGGACAGAAGAUGAGUGUGUUUAACAGUCAAGCUCGAAUAAUGAUUGGCGGAAGGAAGAUCAGUCAAGGGGACAUCACACAUGCAUUCCAAGGAACUGUUUCUGGUGUUGUAUUUAAUGGAAUGAGGAUACUUGAUCUUCUGAAAGAGGGAGACCCGAGAGUUUCAGCUGAAGGAAAUGUCUCACUUGUAAACCCCUCUAUAUCCAUCCCACCACCAGUUCCUGUAAAAACUCCUUCAGCCACAGACAAGGGAGUACAGUCUACACAAGGCUUUAAGAAUGAAAUAUUCAAGAGAUCAAUAGUGAAAGAGAAUUCUGCCAGACGUAGGCAGAAAACGUCAAAUAAACGCUCAUCUAGAUAUUAUCUGCGACGCAAAAACAUGAUUGAUCAGCAGCAUGAAUUUGAUGAACAGCUUACAAGUCAAGAAAAUAUGAUUAUAAAAGAAAAACAGACACAACUUUCCAGAAACCAUCAAAAUGUUGCAAAAAAUCAUGCUAGAAAAUCUCAUCAUAAGACAAAAAAUGUAAAUAAUGGACCUAGUGGUCCAUCAUAUGUUACAAAAAAUUUGAUUGGUGCAAGUAAAAAAGAUCAUGUGAUCGGUGGAAAUAUACAUAGUGCAAAGAAAGUUGGAAGUGUUGAGAAUGAUGACACUGAUGUUGAAUAUUCAGGGUAUUCUAUGAUAGACACUGAGACUUUUCCUACUGAUGAUGAUUCCUUGAAAAGGAGAACAAAGGGAGAUUACUGGAAAGAGUCUGCUAUAAAUAAAUUCAUAACAAUGACCUUGUUUUUACCUGCUGAUCACAGAGUCAGUGGAAAAGAGACGCAACAUGACUUAAAGGUUCAUGUAGGACAGUCAAGAACAGAACCAUUUGCAAGAGAUAGUCGGCAUACCUUUUAUCCAAAAGACCGAGGGAAACCUGGUAAAGCAUAUUGGAGGAAAGGGCGUCCAGGUUUUACACAACAUUCCAAUAAGAAACAUUCCAAAAGUACCACUCCAAAGCAGGGAUCAGAUGAAAUAAUUACAUCUUCUGGUGAGGGACCCGACUGUUACAGUGAUGAUGAAGAUGAGUGUAUACAGACAACUUCCGGUUCAGAUGAUGACAUCAUCAAGCCAUCCAUUGUCAUUACACGGUUGUCAACCCCAAAGCCAGAACCAGAGGACCAAGGGAAUUACACAUGCAAGGACAAAGAUUGUAAGCCACAGGGAACUGAACUAGCCCCACCGUCAGGCAAGAAUAUAACAGUUUAUGAUCCCCAAACUACUAAUCCCAAUGGAAAAACAACAGAUUUAUCUGAACCAAGGACAAGAAAGAGCUCAAGUGACUCUGGACAUUUGAAUAUAUUUUUAAUUGUCGGCAUUGCCUGUGGAGUUUUAGUUGCUUUAAUGAUUUUACUUGUCGCUUUGUACAAAUUCCGUAGCCGAGAUGAAGGGUCAUACAGAGUUGAUGAAAGUCAAAAUUUUGCCUAUUUAGAAGCUAAAAAGCAGCAAGCCAAUGGAGCUGCUGCAACCAAUAUAGGGAAUGGAAAAGCUGGAGGAAAGAAAAAAGAUGUAAAAGAAUGGUAUGUAUGAUAUGAGGCCAUUGAUGGUUGUGUGAAUUAGGGUGUAUGAGUGAAUGGUUGUAUGAAUUAGGGUAUUAAUGAUUAGAUUUGUGUAAAUGCUUCAUUUGGGUUACAGCUUGAAUUUUUUUGUAAAAGAAAAAAAGUGUUCAAGUGUAAAUGUAUUUUAAGUAUACAUGUGUAAGGUUGUACAAAUGUAAAUUAUUUUUGAUGUGUUUUAAAUUUAUUGAAUUAAGAUUUUUUCACUUUACAAAAAACCUGAAAUUUCUAGUACUCUUAAGCAGAUCUCUCUUUGAUAGAAAAUAAUUCAUCAUUUUUAUGUCACUGUGUGAAGAAGAUUCUAGUACUGUCUGUUGGAUAAUAUAUGUGAUGUAUGUAACACUUCAGGAUUACUUAAGCUUAGCUGCUAACUCACAGUAAACUUGAAGAUUAAUUUCCAAGGUGGUUUUGCCAUUUAAAGAAAACAUAACAAUGGCAUCAUGUUAUAAUUCUUCAAGACAAUUCUUAAUAGUUUACUGCAGCUCUGUGUAUUCCUGCCUUUCAACAAGUUGCUGAUAUGAAUGAGCUGUUUCAAAAAAAAAGUUUAAGAAAUGUCAGUAGCACUGGUUAAAGGCGUACGCUAGAAUUGAGGCAAACUUUUUCCCAAACUACUGUUUUCAAGGGCAGAUAACUCUUUUUCAAUACCGUUGACCUAUGAUUUUUUAUUGCAUAUUUUUGUUUCUUAGAUGAUUGUCCUUCAAUAUCCAAAGUUUGAAGAAAUUCUAUUAUUGGAAAAAAUGUCGCCCAUCUCAAAUACAGGGAAUUCUAGUGUACGCCUUUAACAUAGAAGUUAUGCCAAAUUUGAUGUUUUUAAAGUAAUUAUUAUUUAUAUGUUGUUUGUGUGUACUUGCGCCAGUAGGAUUUAUGUAUUAUCUCCCCAGUGUCAGACAACACAUAGUGAGGUAAUGUGAUACAUGUUUUGUCUGUAACUCAGUCUGUUUACUAAAUGUAAACAGUUUUUUUCUAAUAAAUUAACUUUCAAUCACUAAAUCUUCCAUUGUGAUGUUGCCAGUGGUUAUUUGCAGGUGGUCAAGCUUCAACAGUUCCUCUGAAGCUUGGUCUGUGGCAUCCUGUCAUGAGCCUCUCUCAAGUUUGCCUGAUUGGACCUGUUCUAUUCCUUUUAGGGACAGCAAGAGCUAAAAAUAGACAACAGUUCAAGGCUUCUUCUCAUGAACUACUGCUCCAAGGAUCUGGUCAAUACUAAUCCUUGGAUGGACCUUUCUCAAGUCUGUUCAAGUGAUUCGUUCCUCUUUAUUGCACUUAUGGGUUGCUUCAAUAAUAUUAGAUAAAAAAACAACUUUGAAGGAUUUUAACUUAUUUACAACUGAAUGGAUCUUCUCCAAUCUUGAUAGGAAGCAAGGUCAAAUAAGGUAAAAGUUGGAUGUGUGACUAAGAGCCUUGUGGUCCUGAAGUUCACAUUCUUACUUUGCUUACAUUUUCCUGUUUUACUGAAACAUUGUAAAUAAUUCCAAGAAACACUGCAUGUUUACAUAUGAGAUGGCAGUUUUGGACUUACUAAUAAUUUCAUAUUGGUUGAUUAAUUACCAAAUAAAAAAAUACAUGCUGAGUUACAGGUUAAUGUCAAAGAGUUAUAGUUUUUAUGGAUCAACAUUUGACAUGAUAUUAGUUGAUGGCAGUGCAA